ACAGAUGAUGUCCAUGGACGAAUAGGAGAGCAUACUUUUGCACCAAAUGAAAGGUAUUGUGUUUAUUAUUCUUCAAAUGUUUUUCACAACACGCAGGGUUUUGACAAUUGAGGAAUAUCACUUGGAUGUUCCCCAGUUUUAGCUGGGGGAUAUUCAGUCAUGUGAUGCGCUUAGACCGAUCACACGGAAGUGAAAAUAUUUGAUGGAUUAUAAUAAAUGAUAUCCACCUAACAAACCACUAUCCAGUGUUAAGUGUUGACAAACUAAACUACACUAACUGCUGGAUAGUGAUUUAUGCGUUGGGUAGCAUUUUCUAGCCUUUGAACAACUGGGGGGCAAAGGCAGAGAGGGGUGCUGCAAAAAUAGUUUCUCAAGAGCAAAUGCAAUAACUGCAGUCUGUACUCAAACUCAGCCGAGCAACUUCAUCCAGAAUGUAACACAGUGGUGGAACUAACCAUUGAACCAUGAUAUUUAGAUAAGAUUAAUAGAAAACACACACAAAAAAAAUUAUCAGAGUGUAUCGAAGAAAAAAUAACUCAAAUAGAACCGCAGAAGGUGAUCCUACGUCCUGGAGGAAAUUGAAAUCUCUGAACCAGUGUUAGCUUUAAUAAUAAUCAUAUAACUUGACAGUCUUGCCAAGUUGUUGUGAAAAAAUUGAGGUAGGAAAGGAAUCGGGGCAACACAACAAUAUUUGUCAUGCUUUUUAAAUGUGUUAAAAUGAAAAUCUUGCAACACAAACCUUUGCCCUAGAUCUCGAAAGUCCAACAGCUAGCGCCAUCUUUGGUAUGGAUUCUCAAAGCAUCCUGGGUAAGCUCAAGAGUUAUUUGAAGCAUGGACUGUUUUGAAGGACAGCCGCUGUCCACAUAUGUUAAAUGAGACCGAUAUCGCCGAUAUGAUGUCGCGGUGGUUCCGAAAAUACACACGGAAAAACGAAAUGACUGCCAUAGGGAACAACAUCCUUUCCGACCCGACCAGUGAUGGGAAUUUCUCCACAACAGACAACGAUGUCGCGACAGAGCGACCCUCCAGUCCUGUGUACAGUUAUGAAGAAUUCGGUGAUAGAAUGAAUCCUGUGAACAGUGACCAGAGCUUAACACAGACUUGUCCAACAUGUGGAGGCACGGGCAGGCUCACGAAAGAACAAGAACAUGACUUGGUGGCACUGAUUCCUGUAAGAGACAGUCGACUUCGACCAAGGAGAACGGUGCUGUAUCUUUUAGUGGCUGUGUUUCUUUGUUUGACAGUCUGCACAGUUGUUGCCGUCAUUUUCUUCCCCAGAAGUAUAUCAAUCAAAUUAGUCAGUGCGUCUCCUAAAAAUAUCAGUAUUCCAAAGGCAAAUGAGACUGAUCCUUUCAUCAUUAUAAAUUGUACGACUUUGAUCAAGAAUGACAACUUUUUUGAGGCACAUUUGGAUAACAUGACCGUACAAGUGAACUGGAACAACUACGUGGUAGCUGACCCAGACAUGCCGGGAACUAUCAAAGUUCCGGCACGCUCAAGUCUUAAUGUAUGUUAAUAAACAAGGGAGAGUUUAUCUGUUUUUAUAGCGCGACUACUCGAUCUGGACGACCUAGAAGAAAACUAACCAAUCAAAACGUAAACAGAGAACAAUGGACUAGUAGCUUCUGGCGACGGCAAAUAACGGUCUGUUUGAAGUGAAAACAUAUUAAAACAUUAUCGACUCUUCUGCGUUAUAUACACUCUUAGAUAUUCAGUCCUUGGCGGCGAAUUAUCAUAAUUGUAAGUCUCGCUCGAAAAAUUUAGCUUGAAAACUCAUUUUGCAACAACUAAACGGACAAAAAGAAAACGAAACCGUUAAAAAGCGUACAAAAUUUAAGAUCGAAUCUCACCAGUCAACAAAUGGCAAAGUUUCCUGAGAAGUUCACAGCACCUCGCGUUUUGUUGGGUUUUCA